UUCAUUAUGUCCGACUCGAAGAGUGUUCAGUGCUACGGCCGCAAGAAAACCGCCACUGCCGUUGCUCACUGCAAGGCCGGCAAGGGUCUCAUCCGCCUCAAUGGUUCCCCUCUUGAGCUUGUUGAACCCGAUAUCUUGAAGUUCAAGGUCUACGAGCCCAUCCUCCGCGUCGGCUCUGACAAGUUCGCUAACGUUGACAUUCGCAUUCGCGUCAAGGGAGGUGGACACACUUCUCAGAUCUAUGCUAUUCGUCAGGCCCUUGCCAAGUCCAUUGUCGCCUACUAUCAAAAGUACGUCGAUGAGGCCUCCAAGAACGAGCUUAAGCAGAUCUUCCUCCAGUAUGAUCGUACUCUUCUCGUUGCUGACCCCCGUCGCUGCGAACCCAAGAAGUUCGGUGGUGCUGGUGCCCGUGCCAGAUACCAGAAGUCUUACCGUUAAAUGGUAUCGACUCUUGGGGUUGGCGCGCGACUCAUUUUUAUUUGCAACCAGUUCAGGACAUAUGUGGAGAAGUCUCUUUUGGAGUAUUUUUUCCUCUUUUCUUUUUGAUCGUUCAGUUGUGAGUAAGAAGGAUCGCUCUCCUACCAAAAUAAAGCAUCUUAUCCAUAACAGGAAUUGAACAAUCUUGGCAUAUGAAUGCAUCGUCUAGAGUAGUCUUUUUUCAGUAAAGAAGGUUGUAGAUUUGUAUACGAAAC